AUCCUUCCUAAGACCACACAUCUCCUCGACAGUCGACACCCCCAAGGACUCCCCUCCACAUUUCAUCCUCAAGAAAACAUGGCUACUCUUCAUUUCACUACAUCUCCUUCCUUCACUCUCACUAAACAAGUCCAGCUCACCAAGCUCCCUACUUUUCAGAUCAGGCCCCGGCCACGCCCUAACUCACGCCAACUCUCCUUGAGAGUCCAGGCCUACAAGGUGGUAAUUGAUCACGAGGGAAAAACCACAGAGCUGGAGGUGGAAGAAGAUGAGAGCAUUUUAGGCAAGGCAUUGGACACUGGCUUGUCUGUGCCACAUGACUGCAAGCUUGGGGUGUGUAUGACUUGCCCAGCUAGGCUAGUGAGUGGCACCAUCGACCAAAGUGAAGGUAUGCUCAGCGAUGAUGUUGUGGAGCGUGGGUAUGCUCUUUUAUGUGUCGCUUAUCCGCGAUCAGAUUGUCAUAUAAAAACCAUUCCUGAGGAGGAGCUGCUGUCAUUGCAACUGGCAACUGCUAAUGACUAAACCCUCUGGGUCAAGUGUAAAGGUUUUUAAAAAAUUUUGAUUUUGCGCAUUGAAGAGUUGAAUCAAACUAUGUAUGUUCCUGUUCUGCGAAUGUUGAAUAGAACUAGUAUUCACUUGAA